AUGGGAACACCAGUCGUCCCACCUGUGCACAGCUGCACAGAGGCUGAGCAGCAGUGGCAUAAGCCAAGGACUAUGGUAUGUUUUAAUAGCUAUACCACAUAUCAACAUCAUAUGGUUGUAAUCACAUCAUAAUGCUAAGAAAUGAUUUAAUGAAAACUUAAAAUUGUCUCAUUAUUAGAUUUAGAACAGUGCUCUUGUACUCUUUUUACAGGGUCUGAAACCUGGGCCAUUAGGCAAAAUGACCAUCACCAAACCCACCAAGAAACGCAUGGCAGAAGGAGGGAUGAGGUGAGUAUUCCCUAUUAGCCAGUAUAGUAGGUAGUGGCUGGUCAUGUCCUAUUACACUUUGACUAUAAAACAUUUCAGGUGGUUUCAAGUACAUUGUUUAGAUUGGCUAACCACAGCGGCUGCUUUGCUUUGCAGAAGUACACUCUACAGCGCCCUUCUCGGGCCGCUCCCUGACCUCUCAGUUCUCCAGAUAGAAGAGGCAUACAAGAACUUUGACCCUCUAUCCAAGCCAUUGAUCUGCAGCAUUGGGAUGUCUGCUGAAAAGCUUUUAGUCGACUCGCACUUUGGAAAGGUACAGGUGGGGAGCCUUCUGUCUUACCAGCAGCCUCCAAUCACAACGCGACACAUAGUUCACCAUAAGGAGACACCACCAUUCCCUUCACUGCCCCUGGAUGGCUACAGACUGGAGAGCAACUUUCAAUGCUGCACAUUUGUGCUCAGUGAAGAAGACCAGCUUCACAGAGAGUCUUCAGGUGAGCAUCGCAACAGCCCAUAAAAUAGAGGAAGCUACUAGAGAACACAGUGCUGUUUCCGACUGGCAGGUACUCCAGAAACCAAAACUGACCUCGUCACGGUUCCGAGAGGCUUGCCAUGUGAGAGGGCUGACAUCCGCAGGCAACUAGCUGAAAGGAUCAUCAAAAGCAUAGCAACAACAGCUGACAUGAAGAGGGGACUGGAGUUGGAGAUGGAAGCAGCCAGUGACUACUGCAAGAUGCAGAAUGUCAACUUCUCACCCUGUGGCCUCAUCAUACAUCCUGACGUCUCCCUUGGCUUGCCUCUUCUCCUGAUGGCCUGGUCUACGACCCUCUCGAGUAUCCACCUUUUGGCCUAG